AUGGAUCCAGGUAGCUCGGCCCACGUAAUUAGAUCUACGGUGGUAGAACAGCUCGGAUUACUCGAUCAGGUCAUACCUACCUCCCGAAUCUUCAACGGCUUCAAUAUGGCCGGCGAAGCAACAGAAGGAGAGAUCACCCUCCCGGUUAACAUAUCCAAUGCAGUUCAAGAUACCAGAUUCCACGUCAUUAAAGGUGACGCGAGGUACAAUGCCUUGCUCGGUAGGCCAUGGAUACAUAACAUGAAGGCGGUACUAUCGACCCUGCAUCAGAUGAUGAAGUUUCCAAUAAAGGACGGAAUAAAGACAGUGUAUGGAGAGCAACAUGCGGUGAAAGAAAUAUUCGCGGUCCAUGAAGAGGUACCGAAUUCUGUACACUCCACCUCAGAAGAGUUGGAAAGCCAACAAACCCCCGAGGAUGAUGAAGAGGAUUUCCUCGCUCCCAGAACCUUCAUUGCCCCCGAAGAAUCGGAUGCAACAAAGUCGACUAUUGAAGAACUGGAGUAA